AUGCCCAGGGGUCGCAAAAAAGACCUUACGAAACCACCUGUUCGCUCUUUGAUCCAGCAACGCGACUAUCGCGACAGAAAAGCGCGGUACAUUGCCGAUCUCGAAGAACGGUGUCGAAAUGCAGAGGAAGAAAAUGUAACGCUCAAGGAAGAAAUCAGGAAGCUCAAAGCAACUCAAGGUUCAGUGGGUUUGAUGGACCAGCGCAACCCGGAGACGGCAGAAGCUGCGGCAGACCUCUUCGAGAAGCUCUCCCAAGCAUCGGGUUCAUUGGCGAGAUUUCAAGCCCUGGCAUCUGGUCGCUCCACGAAACCAUGCUAUGGCAAUAGUGACGAUACUUGCACCUGCGAUAACGCCGAAGUUAUAUCGGUGCCCCCUUCCGAACCUCUCCCAUCUGCGUUCCAUUCGCCAGACAUCAGCACUCCUCAUUUCGUGGCGGAACACGCAUCACACCCGGCUGACGAUAUUCUUGACACGGUACCGACACCAACCUCCGACAAAUGCUGCGCAGGUAUCUUUGAAUGUGAAGGAGAGCUUGAAUUUAGCGCAAUCUCCUCAAAUUCCUUGGAGAGAUGGUCUGGUGUACGUUCCACCUCCGGUCAACGCUUUUAUUCAUAA